AUCUUCCGGGCGCGGGAAGCCAACGGUUCGGCCGUGCGGCUGGAGGCGGAAGUGACGCGCCAGAGACGCGCCGGCCUGUCUUCCGGCAUCGGCUCCGCCUGUCCGUUAGCGGUCCCUGUCCUCGCGGAUGCCAGUCCCGGCGCUGGAAAUCGAGAUCCAGCCAUCCCUGCAUCAGGAGGGAAGGAGACUGCCCCAUCCACAGAGGUUGACAAGCUGCCCUGCAGCAGCCCUGGCCUCAGGAACGGAGCCUUCAGAUGUUCCCAUCAGCCUCCCGGGAUGGCAGCCCCUGACCUGGCCCACAGAGGUCGUGUUUCUAAGGACUUAGUCUGCCUUCAUGAAGAACAGACCCAGGCAGCAGGGAUGUUGGCUGGCUGGCUGAUAGAGUCUUACCAGGACUCGGUGACAUUUGAUGACGUGGCUGUGGCCUUCACCCAGGAGGAGUGGACUUUACUGGACCCAUCUCAGAGAGACCUCUACAGGGACGUGAUGCUGGAGAACUACGAAAACCUGGCCUCAGUAGGACACCACCUGUUCAAACCCAGUGUGAUCUGUUGGCUGGAGGAGGAAGGGCCGUCGAGGGCAGGGCAGCGAGGAGUUCUCCAGGAAUGGCGACUUAAAAGCAAAGGCUCAGCACUUCAGCAGGAUAGAGCUUGGUUCCAUAGCGCAUCAGAUGAGACACAGACGCAGGCAAGAAGCCACAAUGGAGGGCAGCCCUGUGACCGGAUGCAGUGUGGAGAGGCUGUCAGCGAGCCCUCAGAUCUCAGCACCCAUGUGACACCUCAAAAUACAGGAUACAGUUGUGUCUCUAACCAUUAUGGAAAAGACUUUUUAAUUUCACAGCAGAAAACCUUGUGCAAAGCUGGAGGGCAGUUUUCGGUGUUGGAUCAGUGUGGAAAAGCCUUUAGCCCUCCUCCAAAUGUUGUUUCCCAGCAAACAUGGACUUGGGACAUUGACUACAGCAACUGUGGGAAAGCACUCCUUAACCAGACGUACCUUCAGGGUCGUGUGAGAACUCACAGCGGAGAAGGAACAUGUAAAUGGAAGCAGUGUGGGAAGGCUCUCACCCACUCCCCAGGCUGUGCCACACCUGUUGAAAUGCAUGCUGUAAGGAAUCCUCACGUAUGUAGGGAAUGUGGGAAGGCCUUUAGAUACACUGCAUACCUUACUAGUCACAUGCGAGUCCACACUGGGGAGAAGCCCUGUGACUUUAAAGAAUGUGGAAAAUCCUCCCGUAUUUCCUCAAGCCUAACUCAACAUGUAAGCAUUCAUGCUGCAGAGAAGCGCUGCGAGUGUGAAGAAUGCAGAAGAGCAGUCGCCGGAUGCUCAGGUCUUUCUCAGCACGUCCGAACACACGCUGGAGAGAAGCCCUACGAAUGCAAGGACUGUGGGAAAGCCUACAGCAGGUUUUAUCCACUGAGUGAACAUUUAAAAACUCACAUGAGGGAGAAGCCCUUUGCAUGUGUGGUUUGCGGAAAAUAUUUUAGAAAUUCCUCAUGCCUUAAUAAUCACCUUCGAAUUCACGCUGGAAUAAAACCCUAUGCGUGCAGCUACUGUGGGAAGGCCUUCACUGUGCGCUGUGGCCUUACUAGACACGUUCGAACACACACGGGCGAGAAGCCAUACAUGUGUAAGGACUGUGGGAAAGCCUUCUGUACAUCCUCAGGCCUCACUGAACACGUCAGGACUCACACUGGAGAGAAACCCUAUGAGUGUAAAGAUUGUGGGAAAUCCUUCACUGUUUCUUCAAGCCUGACUGAACAUGUGAGAAUCCAUACUGGAGAAAAACCCUAUGAAUGUAAGCAGUGUGGCAAAGCCUUCACGGGGCGCUCAGGGCUUACGAAACACGAGCGGACACACACCGGGGAGAAGCCCUACGAGUGUAGGGACUGUGGGAAAGCCUACAACAGAGUUUAUCUACUGAAUGAACACGUGAAAACUCACACAGAGGAGAAGCCCUUUAUAUGUCUGAUAUGCGGGAAGUCCUUUAGAAACUCCUCAUGCCUGAAUAAGCACAUUCAGAUUCACACUGGAAUAAAACCUUACGAAUGUAGGGACUGUGGGAAAACCUUCACCGUUUCUUCGAGCCUAACUGAACAUGUGCGAACUCACACUGGAGAGAAGCCUUACCAGUGUAAAACAUGCGGAAAGGCCUUCACCACGUCCUCACACCUUAUCGUGCAUGUAAGAACCCACACUGGAGAGAAACCCUACAUGUGUAAGGAGUGUGGAAAAGCCUUUGCUUCCUCCUCACACCUCAUUGAACACAGAAGGACUCACACAGGAGAGAAGCCUUACAUAUGUAACGAAUGUGGGAAGGCCUUCCGUGCCUCCUCUCACCUGCGUAAACAUGGGAGAAUUCACACAGGACAGAAACCCUAUAAAUGUAAGGACUGUGGGAAAGCAUAUAAUCGGUUUUAUCUCCUAAAGGAACAUUUAAAAACUUACACUGAAGCGCAGCUUUUUGUAUGUGAGGACUGUGGAAAGUCUUUUAAGAAUUCCUCAUGCCUUAACCAUCACACUCAAAUUCACAGUAAUGAGAAACCUUACUAAUAUAGGGAAACUGGGGAAGCCCUCAGUUACAUUCGCUCAUGCUGAAGACAUGAAAGAUGUCUUGCUCCCUGGUGCCCAUGACCUGAGGAACGUGGCCAGGCCGUCAGCAUCUGAUCACAGCCUGACUGCAGGAAGGCACCCGGAGGCCUAGAACAGGACAGAGGAAGCCCUCGUGUUCUCAGGUCCUGCAAAAUACGGACGGGAUCCAGUCGCGAGGACCCUGCUGAUGUGUGAUAGGUGCUUUGCUUUGAGGCUCUGCACAGUGCUGUGACCAUCCUUUGUGGUGUCACAUUGGAGAAAACCUUAAGAAGGUGAGGAUUGUUGGGAGGUCGUUUUCACGUGACAUCGUUCCUCAGCCUUUAGUAAACGCGGGGAUUGACACUUGAAGUAUUGUGAAUGUACGGAAGAUAGGAAUCGCUUCCUUGUGAACUGAACAGAGACAUGUCUUUCCGGGGGUUCUGUAGAUGUAGUUUGAACCUUUAUGAUGCUGCGCAGAUCCUUCUUGGAGUGAUGGCUCAGUUCCAGUAGAAAUCUUCCAGUCUGGUUAUUACACAGUCCGAGUUUCAGCCUGAGGAUUCAGAUGCCAUCCUGUGUCAGCCAUGUGGGCUUUGGUUGGCUAGUCGUGCUCUUAGGUGUGACCCCACCUAUAGGGUCCCACGCUGGCCAAGGUGGGGCAUCACACAGCUCCACAUUUUAUGAAAAUGUCCUUGUUCUUCUCCCAUGCCUGACCCCUCCAGAUAAAACAGCAGGUGCAAGGUGGGGCAGAGUGGAGAGGGGCAAGGUCAGAGGCCCGCACCAGGAGCUGCCCCCCUUUCAUGGCUGUGGAGGGAGAGCCAGCACCCCACAUUCACGGAGGUUGGAAUUCUCGUACCUCAGGAGGGUGAGAGCCCUGAGUGUCGCUGUUGACCUCCAGAUCCUCUCUACAGUGUGCAGAGCAGUCCUGGCAGCUGCUGCGAUCUGGCCUUUCUUGGAGGGAGCUGCUUGUGUGUGUGCUGCCCCUUUGCAUGCCGUGAAAACAGGCGGGGACACAGCUGGUCCUGGCUUCCAUGGCAGUUGGCAGCAUCGCCGGCGCUUCCUGGAUGAGGCCCUAAACUCACACAGCAGCAGAGCAAGGUUUCUGUGUGAGUGACUCCAGUGUGUGUCCCCUGGCUACAGCCACCUUGGGUUAUAUAUUUUACGGCCAUCAGGGCUGCAUCUGCUUGGUGACUGGUGUUAAAUCCCCACAGUAGGAAGGUAAUCUACAAGGUGAACAAUAAAUCCUAGAUGGAGAGACCUGUGCACCUUUGCGUUACGUGUUUGCCAUGGAGAGGAGUGGGUGUGCGGUGUUUCCCUUUGGGAUUGCGUGUGGCUGUGUAGCCUAUCUGUUGCCACCUUUAAUUGUGGGUAGCGACACCAGAGGUCAUCAGAUGAGUGUGAACCACCUUGUGGGGCUGUGGCGGCUCCUGGCCGGGCCUCGGAUGCCAUCCUCAUUGGCUGAAAACACAAUUGCCGUCCUGGUGCUUGGACUUAUGGUGACAGCAUCCUGAGUCCAGAGCUUGUGAGUCUCAGGUGACGCCCGUCCUGGUGCUUGGACUUAUGGUGACAGCAUCCUGAGUCCAGAGCUUGUGAGUCUCAGGUGACGCCCGUCCUGGUGCUUGGACUUAUGGUGACAGCAUCCUGAGUCCAGAGCUUGUGAGUCUCAGGUGACGCCCGUCCUGGUGCUUGGACUUAUGGUGACAGCAUCCUGAGCACGCAGCAGCACGGACACCACCCUGCCUGACAUGCUCCCUGCUGGUGGAGACCAGCCCCAGAUCACCCCAGCCCCAGAUCUCAUUAUUAAGACGACUCCCAGCCAGGCGCGGUGGCUCACGCCUGUAAUCCCAGCACUUUGGGAGGCUGAGGCAGGCAGAUCGCAAGGUCAAGAGAUCGAGACCAUCCUGGCCAACAUGGUGAAACCCCAUCUCUACUAAGAAAGUACAAAACAAAAUUAGCCAGGCGUGGUGGUGCCUGCCUGCAGUCCCAACUGCUCGGGAGGCUGAGGCAGGAGAAUUGCUUGAAACCAGAAAACAGAAGUUGCAGUGAGCUGGGAUCGCGCCACUGCACUCCAGCCUGGUGAUAGAGCGAGACUCUGUCUCAAAAAAAAAAAAUGACUCCCCUCCCUUCACAGGAGGUGACUUCACCCACUUCUCCAGAGCCCCUCAGAAGCGAUGCCCAUGGACCAGUGUCCCUCGGCACAGAUUUGACAUGUGAGAAUCUGCGAGGAGCCUGAGCUUGCUGCCAGCCAGCCUGUGAUCCUACUGUAAUCUCAGCCGGAACCUGCAGCCCACACGCCAUGCCUGUGGGAGAGUCUGGCAGGGUCUGCGGAGUCUUGGUAACUGAUAACACGUUUCUGUUUCCGCAGGACCUACCUCCGGUCAGCAGGUGCUCACCCUCCGGGGAGACCACUCUCCCAGCGCCUCCUCUCCCCUGCAGCUUCCGGUGUUACCUCCUUACCCCCUAGGCUCGGCGUCACACAGAGCCUCUUCUUCACAUGGCCUCACUCUUCACUUGGUGCCCUCCCGCGGCAGACGUGCCGUCCUGACCACUGUCGGGCUCACCUCUUGUCACCUUUACCACUGAACUCCCAACAUCUCAAAGUGAUCGCUUUGAGUCACAGCGCAUGCUGUGAUGUGGAUGUGAUUGGUUUGUCCUCACCAAGUCUUGUGUUGAAGUUUCGCCCUCAGUGUGGCAGGGCUGUGAGGAGGGCCUGGUCCGGGUUUGGGUCGUGGGGCACCCUCCUGGAUGGCUGGGUGCCGUUAGUUCCUGCUCUGUCAAGACUGGAUUGGUUGGUAGGGGAAUGUAUUAGUUGCCGUGAGUGUGGUGAUAAAGCCGAGCUGUCCCUUGGGUUUGGCUCACUGCCCUUGACCUUCUCUGCCGUUUGACAUGGCAAAAUCAGAAGCAGGUUGGUGCCAGUGCCAUGUCUCUUGUGCAGCCUGCAGAACCAUAAGCCAAAUAGGCCUCUGUAUGAGUUACCCAGCCUCAGACCCACAGCACCGUGGAAGAGCGGGUGAUGGGCAGGACUGCUCGCGCAGAUACCCGCGUUUCUCCUUACUCAGAAUGUUUUCCAUGCUAUUAGCACAACGUCUUCCGCCUGUGUGAGCCUCACCUCGACAUCUGAGUGUUCCUCGGCAUCAGGUAAAGCAUGAAAGGACCCAU